AUGGAGGCGCAGCCUUCGCAGGGAGCACGGCCGCGGCCUCGCCGGCUCCUUAUCGCUGCCCAGCCUCGGCACGGCCUUCUGGCGCUGGAGACAGCUGCAGGGAAGUCAACAUUUGUCAGGCUACUAGAGAAACACAGUGAUGAGUGGGAGAUCAUCCCUGAGCCCAUCGCCAAGUGGUGUAACAUCCAGACAGCUGAAGAAGAAUGCAAGGAACUUUCAACAUCUCAGAAGAGUGGAGGAAAUCUACUUGAAAUGCUGUAUGAUAAACCCACCAGAUGGGCUUACACAUUUCAGACUUACGCUUGCUUGAGUCGAGUAAAAGCACAACUGAAACCCAUCUCGGCCAAGCUACAGGAAGCAGAACACCCAGUGCAAUUUUUUGAGAGAUCUGUAUACAGUGACAGAUAUGUAUUUGCUUCUAACCUGUUCGAGUCUGGAAACAUUAAUGAGACAGAGUGGGCUAUUUAUCAGGACUGGCACACAUGGUUUUUGAGUCAGUUUGAAUCAGAGAUAGAACUGGAUGGCAUGAUCUACCUAAGAACCACACCUCAGAAAUGCAUGGAAAGGCUACAGUUGAGGGGAAGAAAAGAGGAGCAAGGAAUUGAGCUUGAGUAUUUGGAAAACAUCCACUAUAAACACGAAACCUGGCUUCAUGAGAGGACUGUAAGAGUUGACUUUGAGAACCUUAAAGAAAUUCCCAUUCUAGUUUUGGAUGUUAAUGAAGACUUUCAGAAUGAUAAGAUUAAACAGGAAUACCUGAUUGAUAACGUCAAAUCUUUUCUGACUUCCUAG